AUGAGGGACCAAGAAAUGGUGCUGCCCACGCCGGGCACCGUCUACGACGUACACAUGACCCCCCAGCUCCUUGGCCCCGAUGGCCUCACAGCACCCGGCCCCGAUGGGCUCACAGCACCCGUCCUGAGUCCCAACGGCCUCACAGCACCCGUCCUGAGUCCCGAGGACGACCGGGUGGUCUUUCUCUUCGACGUUGACGGCACGCUCUGCGAGUCGCAACAACAAGUCGCACCCGACAUGAAGGCGUUGCUUCGUGAAGCCGCCCAAACCGUCGACGUUGGCCUCGUCAGCGGUUCCGACGCCGCCAAAGUACUGCGCCAGUUCGGCGUCGAACGGAAAGAACAACUUGCCCAGUUCGGC